AUGGGUGAGAAACUCGUUAAUGAAACACCAGCCACAACUUCUACUACUUCCACAGACUCAAUCGAUUAUCGUACGAUUCCCCAUGGCUUGACCUAUAAACAUGAAGCACGUCAUUCGUCAAAUAGGAGGUACUCGAUGUCUCCUAAGCGCAUUUCCACUACUAUUGAGGUCAAAAGACAUCCUCUCACUUGUAUUAAGGACACCAAUCACAAGAAGCUGGAUAUUGUUGGUGCCAAACACGACUUGACUGCUGAUUUGGUUACUCUUGACAAGGAGAACGGUAAAAAACCGGGUAAUUCUGAUGCCGAUGCCGAUGCCGAUGCCGAUGCCGAUGCUGGUGCUGACGUUGACGCUGACGCCGAGGGAGCCUUUUUUGACGCGUCACCGCAAAAACUUGUCUCUGCAGCACUUCCUAACCUGAACAAUGAUGAUGACGUUGAAUCUUCUCCCGUGAACAGUCAUCAAACACGUAAAAAGCGUGUUUCUGCGUCGGUCGAUACGAUCGCAAAGAGACAGCGGCUAGAAGAGCAAUCUAAUAAUUAUCACACUCCUGUCAGAAGAGACUCUGACGAGAAUGGUGGCAAGAAGACAACCCCACGAAGGGCUCAUCACCGCAGAAUAAUUGACGAGUCUAAGAUGAAUUUAGAAGGAAACAUCAACGAUAACAACGACGAUCAUUCUGUCUUGGAUCCCGAAAAUAGUCCCCUUGCCAAUGUCAGCCAGGGAAGUAUUGUGGACCAGGACAUCGAUGGAGAAACAGAGGUGUUUCAGCAGCUGAAGCAUUUUAACAAUAAGAAUAGCAUACGUGAUAUUGGUUCGUUGGAUGAUAAAUCAUCGAUCGAGCAAAGCGAAGAUGAUGAUAGCUAUGAUAGUAAUCUUCGAAUGUCACCUGUUAGGAUUGACAAUAAUAUGCUAUCACCGUUAGCACGAAUUCGGACGGAAGCGGAGUCUAUAGAACAGGACAAGGAGCUGCAGGAUCUCGAGCAGGAACAGGAAGAUUUGGAACACCGGCAGCAAUAUGAGAAGGCCAUAUUUACACCAGCGCAAGUUCAGGCGAUGAAGCGAAGCCUUGAAGAACAUAUCCGUUCUUUGGACCAGGCAUUGGACAUGAAAUCAAAAAGCCUGAAAGAUCUCGGCUUGGAAUUGAACAAUACCAGAGAAAAGCAUAAUGAAUUGAAAGAUAGGAUUGAGAAACUUGGGCGAGAAAGAGAUCAUUACAAAGCUUUAAUGGAAAGUAGUAAAAAUCAUGCGGAUUCAGCUUUAGAGGUUGCUUCUAGUGCCGACAAGAAAUACAGUAUAAGUGGCCUCAAGCUUCGGAUAUGUGAGUCGAAAUUGGAGAAAUACAAGGGGCUCUACACGGAACUGAUGCGGACGGCGAAGAAUUUGCAAGAAAAGUUGACGGAAGAGUCUGAGAUAAGGGAGAAGCUUUCUGAACAGACGGAUAAGCUUGAAAAAGAGCUCGAGAAAUGUAAAUUGUUACAGCACGAGCUUCAAUCGUCAUUAGAACUCAAGCAGGCAGAAGUUAAGAGUCUCGUUGAGGAGAAGUCGGAAAACGAGGUGAUGAUAAAGAAUCUCAAGAGCAUUAACGAUGAGACGGAUUCGCAAUUAAAGAAGUUGCAUGUUCAGUUUAAUACUAGUAAGGAGAAAUUAGAGAAGGCCAGGAAGGAAACUGAAGAUCAAAGUUUGGAAUUGGAGAAGGCCAAAAAGAAAGUUAAUAGUUUGAGAACGAGGCUUUCCUCUGCAGAGACUGAAGUGCAAGCGAAACAGAGGAAUGAGAGCGACGAUCUGACGAAAUUAAAGAACCAACUUAGUACGGUCCAACAAGAAUUGAGUGUAGCCCAGAAGAAGAUCGGAAACAACGAGAACAAUUUGGAAGAGCAACUGGAAAAGCUGGCACAAGAUUUGUACCUGCAGUACUCUGCCAAACACGAGCAAAAAGUGGCUACGUUGAAGAAAGGAUACGAGAUGAAGUGGAUGGGUAAGGUGAAGAAGUUCACCAAGGACAAUGAAGCACUUAAAAGAGAUAUUACUGCGCUUAAAAAGAAGCUUGAGAUAGAGACUAACGAGAAGAAGCAAUUGGUGAAACUCUGGGACGAAUAUGUGAAUUUAGAGAAGAAAGGAAAGGUAUAA